AUGGAGUUUCCGAUCUUCGACGGCGGCCUGACCGAGUCGCAGAUGCUCGCCCACAUGAAGGACCUCGCCUCGAAAAACAAGGUAUUCAAAUCGUACAUCGGCAUGGGCUACUACAACACCUUCGUCCCGCCCGUGAUCCUGAGGAACAUCAUGGAGAACCCUGGUUGGCUCGAAUCACUCCUCAAUUUCCAGACCCUGAUCACCGACCUCACCGCCCUGCCCAUGUCCAACGCCUCCUUGCUCGACGAGGGCACGGCGGCCGCUGAGGCCAUGGCCAUGUGCAACAACAUUCAGAAGGGCAAGAAAAAAACCUUUGUGGUGGCCAGCAACUGCCACCCGCAGACUAUCGACGUUUGCAAGACUCGAGCAGACGGGUUCGACCUGAAAGUAAUCGUCUCAGAUGUGAACGACAUUAGCUACAGUUCGGGGGACGUUUGCGGGGUUCUGGUUCAGUAUCCAGGAACGGAAGGAGAAAUUGUGGACUACAAGGAGUUUGUGAAGAACGCACAUGACCACGGCGUGAAGGUGGUGAUGGCUACGGACCUUCUGGCGCUGACUGUGCUGAAGCCGCCUGAGAUUUGGUGUGCCGAUGGGGUAUGGGGGCCCACACGCAGCUUUCCUGGCCACGUCUCAGGACAGGCUCUGCGCAUGGCGAUGCAGACGAGGGAGCAGCAUAUUCGUAGGGAUAAGGCUACCAGUAAUAUUUGCACUGCUCAGGCCUUACUUGCCAACAUGGCUGCCAUGUAUGCUGUCUAUCAUGGUCCAGAGGGCCUUAAAACUAUUGCUCAAAGGGUUCACGGCCUGGCUGGAACAUUUGCUGCGGGAUUGAAAAAGCUGGGGAAUGUAGAAGUCCAGGGCCUUCCCUUUUUUGACACUGUGAAGGUCAAAUGUGCUGAUGCAAAGGCCAUUGCCGAUGCUGCUUACAAGAACGAAAUAAAUUUGAGGAUUGUCGAUAAGAACACGAUAACUGCCUCUUUUGACGAGACCACCACAUUGGAAGACGUGGACAAGUUGUUUGGAGUCUUUGCAGGUGGCAAGCCGGUGACAUUCACUGCCGAGUCUCUUGCACCAGAGGUUCAACAUUUGAUCCCUUCAGGACUUGUUAGAGAGAGCCCAUACUUGUCUCACCAAAUAUUCAACUCGUAUCACACUGAGCACGAGCUUCUCAGGUACCUUCACAGGCUCCAGUCAAAGGAUCUCUCUUUGUGCCACAGCAUGAUUCCAUUGGGCUCUUGCACAAUGAAAUUGAAUGCAACAACUGAAAUGAUGCCUGUAACAUGGCCCGAAUUUUCGGAUCUUCAUCCUUUUGCCCCCACUGAACAAGCUGCUGGCUACCAGGAAUUGUUCAAGAAUUUGGGUGAUUUGUUGUGCACGAUCACAGGUUUUGAUUCUUUCUCUCUGCAACCCAAUGCUGGAGCUGCUGGAGAAUAUGCCGGGCUCAUGGUUAUUCGAGCAUAUCACUUGUCAAGAGGGGACCAUCAUCGCAAUGUAUGCAUCAUUCCAGUCUCUGCACAUGGGACGAACCCUGCAAGUGCUGCAAUGUGUGGCAUGAAAAUUGUGGCAGUUGGGACAGAUUCCAAAGGCAACAUUAACAUUGAGGAGUUACGAAAGGCUGCUGAAGCAAAUAAGGAGAACUUAGCUGCUCUCAUGGUUACAUAUCCUUCAACUCAUGGAGUUUAUGAGGAAGGCAUUGACGAAAUAUGCAAGAUAAUUCAUGACAACGGUGGUCAAGUUUACAUGGAUGGAGCUAACAUGAAUGCUCAGGUUGGUCUGACGAGCCCUGGAUUUAUCGGUGCUGAUGUUUGCCAUCUCAAUCUCCAUAAAACGUUCUGUAUCCCUCACGGUGGAGGUGGACCCGGGAUGGGGCCCAUUGGGGUGAAGAAACACCUUGCACCCUUUCUACCGUCACAUCCCGUGGUACCAACUGGAGGUAUACCAGCACCUGAUAGCUCCCAGCCGCUUGGUACUAUUUCUGCUGCCCCAUGGGGCUCGGCCCUUAUUUUGCCCAUAUCCUACACUUACAUAGCCAUGAUGGGCUCAAAGGGACUAACAGAUGCAUCAAAGAUAGCCAUCUUGAAUGCCAACUAUAUGGCCAAGCGUUUGGAGAAGCACUACCCUGUUCUUUUCCGUGGUGUCAAUGGGACAGUGGCCCAUGAGUUCAUUAUAGACUUGCGAGGUUUUAAGGCUACCGCUGGAAUCGAGCCUGAGGAUGUUGCUAAGCGUCUCAUGGACUACGGAUUUCAUGGGCCCACCAUGUCGUGGCCAGUCCCUGGCACACUCAUGAUUGAACCAACUGAAAGUGAAAGCAAGUAUGCUGCUUACCCUGCCCCAUGGCUCAAGACCGCCAAAUUUUGGCCUACCACAGGGCGUGUGGAUAAUGUGUAUGGUGACCGUAACCUCAUCUGCACACUCCUUCCGGUGUCUCAGAUGGCAGAGGAGGCGGCUGCCGCCACUGCUUGA